GUUUCUUCACAAACAAUUUCGUGACCGGGAAAAACACCGGAACCACCGCGAGACCGUUGUUUCGCCGGCGUUCGGAAACAUUGACUAGCUCCUCUAGGCAUGGCUUUGAUGACGAGUAUUUUCCGGAGAAAACCACUACACAAGCCCUCGAUUUCUCCAUGGCUACCCUGGCGAAUCCAUUGCUUUCCGGAUCGGAGCCGCCGACGAACGAGGAUAUUCCUUUGCGGUGGAAAGCGGCGGCGAGGUGGCUGAUGAAGGAGUACCGCACCGUAUCUUCCCAUCUAUCGAAGCUGAUGUAAACAUCGCUGCUCUCCACCAUGAUCAGUCGCGUUUUACGAACUGGUCCAAGAUUUGGAGAGAAAAAUAAAAAGAGGAUCUUUUAUUGAGAUGUUUGGAAAUUGGAAUUAUGUCCUGUAUCUCCAGAGGAAACCCAAUCACAAUUUGUCUCCUAUCAAACUCAGAUGGAGGAGGUCUCUUCCUCUUCCAAAAGCAAACCAUUUCAUUUGCCUCCGCAGCACCUAGUGUUUGUAAACUUCAGAGGAAAGGAGUUGAGGAACAACUUCGUUAGCCAUCUCAGAAAUGCAUUGCAAAGGCACGGGGUCAAUAUCUUCAUAGACACGAAUGAACAAAAAGGCAAACCUUUAAAUGUGCUUUUCCAGAGGAUUGAAGAGUCGAGGAUUGCCUUGGCCAUCUUUUCCGUGAAGUACACCGAGUCAAAAUGGUGCUUGAACGAGCUGGUGAAGAUGAAGGAAUGCAUGGACAAGGGUAAACUCCUCAUCAUUCCCAUCUUCUACAAGGUUAAAGCAUACCAUGUUCGGUUUCAGAGGGGACGGUUUGGGUAUGUGUUCAAAAAUUUGCGCAAUGUUGAUGAUGACAAGAAGAACCAAUGGUCUGAAGCUUUAAGCUCUGUUGCUGACCGGAUCGGCUUCUGCUUCGAGGGAAUGAGCGAUGAGAACGAUUUCAUUAACUGUAUAGUCGAAGAGGUUAAACAAGCGCUGAGCAAAAUUCCCUUGGAUGGAACCAAUGAAAAUUUUGUUCAUCUAUCGAAAAACACUUCAAUGCGCUUAGGAAAAGACAACCAUGAGAUUUAUGGACUCAGGCAACGCUUGGAAGAAUUGGAGGAGAAGUUGGAUCUUGGUUGUCAGGAGACUCGAAUUUUGGGAGUUGUUGGGAUGCCCGGCAUCGGUAAAACCACUCUUGCAAGGGAGUUAUAUGAAACUUGGCAGUGCAAGUUCGUAAGUCACGGAUUAAUCCAAGAUAUUCGUAGAACAUCGAAGGAGCUUGGGUUGGAUUGCUUGCCUGCAUUACUCUUGGAAGAGUUACUCGGUGUAAAAAUUCCAGACAUAGAAUCUACUCAACGCGUGUACGAAUCUUACAGGAGUAAACUACUCAGACAUAAAGUUCUCGUUGUUCUUGACGAUGUGAGUGACAAAAAGCAAAUAGAGGUUCUUCUGGGGAGAUGCGACUGGAUUAGGCAGGGAAGUAGGAUUGUCAUCGCAACAAACGACAAAUCACUUAUCCAAGAUGUGGUUGACUAUACUUAUGUUGUCCCACAAUUGAACCACAGAGACGGCUUAGGUCAUUUUGGGCGUUAUGCCUUUGAUCAUCAUUCCAACAAACUAAACAAAAAAGUCAUCAUGAAGCUAUCAAAAGAGUUUGUGCAUUAUGUUAGAGGUCAUCCACUAGCUCUUAAGUUGUUGGGUGAAGAUCUUAAUGGGAAAGACGAAGACCAUUGGAGAACAAAAUUGGCUGCACUCGAACAAAAUUGCUGGCAGUGUAUGCGAGAUGUGUUGGAUGUAAGUUAUGAUGAGCUGAGUCAAGUGCAUAAAGAUAUAUUUCUCGACAUGGCUUGUUUUAGAAUGGAAGAUGAGAGUUACGUUGCAAGUUUACUAGAUACAUCUGAAGCUGCAAGUGAAAUAAAAACUCUCAUGAACAAAUUCAUGAUUGAUGUUUCUGAUGGGCGAGUAGAGAUGCAUGACUUACUAUAUACCUUCGCCAAGGAACUUUGCCGAAGAGGAUAUGCUCAAGAUGGAACGGAGGGACAUAGGUUGUGGCACCAUCAAGACAUAACUGAUGUGCUAAAGAACAUAGAGGAAGGUGCAGAAGUCAGAGGGAUUUUCCUAAACAUGAAUGAAAUGAAGAGGGAGAUGAGCUUAGACAGUCGCACCUUCGAACCAAUGCGCAAUCUCCGAUACCUCAAGAUCUAUAGCUCACAUUGUCCUCAGCAAUGUAAACCUAACAAUAAGAUAAACCUACCGGAUGGACUAAACUUUCCUCUGAAAGAGAUUCGAUAUCUACACUGGGUGGAGUUCCCAUUGAAGGAAAUUCCACCAGAUUUCAACCCUCAUAAUCUUGUAGACCUUAAGCUUCCUUACAGCAAGAUUGAACGAAUCUGGAGUGGUGAUAAGGAUACAUCAAAAUUAAAGUGGGUCAAUCUCAACUAUUCUAGUAACUUGCGCGUCUUAUCAGGGUUAUCAAAGGCUCAAAAUCUGCAAAGACUGAACCUUGAAGGCUGCAUAGCAAUGGAAACUUUACCCCAUGAUAUGGAAUAUAUGAGAAGUCUUCUUUUCCUGAAUCUGAAAGGGUGCAUAAGUCUCAACUGUCUUCCGGAAAUAAAUUUGGUCUCUCUUGAAACUCUUAUCCUCAGCAACUGCUCAGGCCUUAAGGAAUUUCGGGUGAUCUCAAAAAAUCUAGAAGCUCUAUACUUGGAUGGCACUUCAAUAAAAGAACUUCCAUUGAAUAUCAACAUUCUCCAGCGACUUGCCUUAUUGAAUAUGAAAGGAUGCACGAAGCUGAAGGAGUUUCCGGAUUGUCUUGAUGACUUGAAAGCUCUUAAAGAAUUGAUACUCUCAGAUUGUUCGAAGUUCCAAAGUAUCUCGGCAACCGGCGAAGGCAUCAAGGUCUUAGAGAUAUUACGACUGGAUGCGACAGCCAUAACAGAGAUUCCAAAGAUAUCCUCGUUACAAUGUUUAUGCUUAAACAAGAACGACCAGAUCAGCUCCCUUCCAGAAAACAUCAGCCAAUUUUCUCAACUAAAAUGGUUGGACUUGAAGUAUUGUAAGAGUCUUUCAUCUAUUCCAAAGCUGCCACCAAAUCUUCAACACUUAGAUGCACACGGUUGUUGCUCACUCAAAACAGUCUCGAAUCCACUGGCAUGUCUUAUGACAACUCAACAGAUAUAUUCCACAUUCAAUUUCACGAACUGCAACAAACUCGAAAGGAGUGCGAAGAAAGAUAUAUCUUCCUUUGCUCAAAGGAAAUGCCAGCUGCUUUCAGAUGCACAUAAUUGCUGCGAUGGUUCUGAUUUGGAGGCCUUGUUCAGUACUUGCUUUCCUGGAAGUGAACUACCUACAUGGUUCUGUCAUAAAGCCAUUGGAUCUGUGUUAGAGCUCAGAAUGCCCCCACAAUGGCACGAAAAUAGGCUUGCCGGUCUAGCUUUAUGUGCUGUUGUCUCAUUUCCAGACUCUCAGGAACAAAUCCGCUGCUUCUCGGUGAAAUGCACACUCAAACUAAAAGUAAAAGAAGGGUCCUGGAUUGAAUUUGUUUUCCCAGUCGGAAGUUGGGGUAAUCAGGGCAAUAUAGUAGAGAAUAUUGCAUCAGAGCAUGUCUUUAUUGCGUAUAACAGCUGUUCAAAGAUCUUUAAACGUCUUGAGAACCAGGACUUAGGCUGCUCUAUUCCUACAAAAUCCACGCAACCUAACAUAUGCAGUCCUACUAUGGCCUCCCUUAAUUUUACUAUUGUAGAUGAUACAUGUGAGAUACCAAGACUCGAAGUGCUCAAGUGUGGCUUAAGUUUUUUUAUAGAUGGUGAAAGAAGUGGAAAUUAUAUAAAGAAGUUGGAAGUUGCAGAAGCUGAACAAAUUAGAAGUGCUGAAAAAGUAUCAGAAAAUUGUACGAGUGGAUCAGGUAGCAGAUGCACCGAUGUUGUCAAGAGACGUCCAAUACAGAGCCUAGAGCCAGUUACCACAGAUGUUGUGGCUUCACCCGAACCAGCUAAUAAUGUAGAUUUUCAAACCAAGAUCGUCCCUCGUGAAGCUCAACUACACACAUGUUCAAAACCCUCGAAAUGGGCAUGUUUUCCUUGUUGUAACUCCGCAAAACAUCUAUGAACAAUGGAAGGAAAGGAUAGCUCAUCACUGGAGAAGAAUAGCCAAGAACUUCCAGUGCACACAGAAGAUCCCAAAGAUUCGGAAUUUGGGUGUGUUUAUAAGAAGAAAUCGAAGAAUUGAGAUUUCCAAGACUUGGGACUUGGGAGAAAAAAACUCGCAAAAAGGAUUGAUCUCUACCACUUUUAUUUCUUGAUGGUUUUGUUUGUAACCACCGACACGUCAACUUUAGAUCAUUGGGCAUUAGGUUAUUGUGUGAACUCGUUUGUGAUAUGUGACAACCCUUAACAGAGAAA